AUGCAGGUCGACUCCAAGCCAUUCCCUCCACCUGUCAUCAACAUGGUCAACGCUCAGCUCCGGGCCGAAUAUAGGGAAGUUCGUCGGCCAGCAAAUGGGAAGGAGCUGUUGGCCGAACCAGAACCAGUACCGUGCAGUCGGUGCAAGUACGAGAUCGGUCAGCUCAGACCGCCAGAGAACAAAAGAAAGGCCGCUGAGCCGUCUCAAUCGACUAUGAAGAAAUUCGACGGCCAGUACGACCGUCGGCCAGCACAAAACCGUAGCACACCCCGGCGGGCCACAAAGACAAAGCCGUUCCUAGGCCGGUGA